AUGACUGAAAUGCUAGACGAACAGAGAGACACAACCAUUAACACAGGAGAAGAGAAUGAAGCGACUAGAUCUUACGACUUCAUCUCAAAAUUUACUGAAAGGACAACCUCUUCAACUGAUGAAUCAGUGUCAGAAUUGUCUUGUUCUUUAAUUAGGAAGGAAGAAGAGGCCUGCUUGUCUAUAUGUAUACCAAUAUCAACUAUACUUGGUUUGGUUGCCCUUUUGCUGGCUAUAUUACUGUGGUACCAAAGCAGAUGUAUGAAAUCCUUUAAAGAACUACGAGAGACAUAUGCUGAUGUGAUUGGGAGGCCUAUAAGAAUAUAAGAAUGAAUACUGAUUAUGAGCAGAUCACAAGAGAGAAGAGUAACAGGGA